AUGGCCACCCCGACAGGCCGACCAUGGCCACCCCGACAGGCCGACCAUGGCCACCCCGACAGACCGACUAUGGCCACCCCGAGAUGGCGACUAUGGCCACCCCGACAGGCCGACCAUGGCCACCCCGACAGACCGACUAUAGCCACCCCGACAGGCCGACUAUGGCCACCCCGACAGGCCGACCAUCACCACCCCGACAGGCCGACCAUCACCACCCCGACAGGCCGACCAUCACCACCCCGACAGGCCGACCAUGGCCUUUCCGACAAGCCGAACAUGGCCACCCUGACAGGCCGACCAUCACCACCCCGACAGGCCGACUAUAGCAACCCCGACAGACCGACUAUAGCCACCCCGACAGGCCGACCAUGGCCACCCCGACAGGCCGACCAUCACCACCCCGACAGGCCGACUAUAGCCACCCCGACAGACCGACUAUAG